GGCUGCGUGGGAUCCGGCGGCGGCUCCCGAGCGCGGCGGUGCGGCCUUCCCCGCCCCCUUCCUCCCUCCUCCCCCGCCCGCUUCCGCCCGGCUUAUUAUCCUCCUUAUUGACAAACAGAGCGGCCGCGGCGGCGACUCUCAGCGUGCGUUGAUAGCCAAGCCAUGGGAGACAAGAAGAGCCCCACCAGGCCGAAGCGGCAGCCGAAGCCGUCCUCGGAUGAGGGUUACUGGGACUGUAGCGUCUGCACCUUCCGGAACAGCGCCGAGGCCUUCAAGUGCAUGAUGUGCGAUGUGCGGAAGGGCACCUCCACCCGAUCCACAUUGUUUGAAGUUAUUGUGAGUGCCUCGAAGACCAAGGAACCGUUGAAAUUUCCAAUUUCAGGAAGGAAACCUCGACCUGUCUCCCAGUUGGUUGCACAGCAGGUUACUCAGCAGUUUGUGCCUCCUACACAGUCAAAGAAAGAGAAAAAAGAUAAAGUAGAAAAAGAAAAAAAUGAAAAAGAAACAACUAGCAAAAAGAAUAGCCAUAAGAAAACCAGACCAAGAUUGAAAAAUGUGGAUCGGAGUAGUGCUCAGCAUUUGGAAGUUACCGUUGGAGAUCUGACAGUCAUUAUUACAGACUUUAAGGAGAAAACAAAGUCACCACCUGCAUCUAGUGCUGCUUCUGCAGAUCAACACAGUCAAAGCGGCUCUAGCUCUGAUAACACAGAGAGAGGAAUGUCCAGGUCAUCUUCACCCAGAGGAGAAGCCUCAUCAUUGAAUGGAGAAUCUCAUUAAAGUUUAUUUUCUCCAGUUUCUUAGUCACUUCUGUCCUACCAUGCAAAUACACAGAUUAUGCCAAGAGGUACCACAUUUUCAUGACAAAUACAUUCAUGCACAAUUCAUAAUUUGAGUUUUACAUAAAAUAGAAAUUUGUUAGAAUUUGUUAGAUUUUAUUUCAACUAUGCCUACCAAACAUUUCCAGACUUAACAUUUUGGUCUCUGCAGUUAAGUGCCAUGAAAAUGUGGUUGAAUUAUUCAUUAUGCAGUGUUAUUGGUAAGUGUAUUUUCACUUUUAGUUUAGUGAAUUCUAACACAUAAUUCUUGAAUUCUCUACUAUUGGCAUGUAACGAAUUUAAAUUUUUUAUAACAUAGUGCAAGCUGCCUAAAUAUGUAUUAUUUGAAAAUUGUGAAACAGAUAGUUAUAUGUAUACAAGUCAAAGAUCAACUUAACUAUUGCUGCAACAGGUUUUUCUUAAUGGUUAUCCUCUUAAAUACACCUGCUGGUACUUGGUGUGGUUAAAUAGGAAAAUUGUUAUUAAAUAAAGAAUUUGUAUGAACCUUUGCCAAUGUUUUUGACACGUUUUACUAAUUAUUGUUCCUGAAUUAUGUUUCUGGCUUUAUCCAUUUGUUGAGGUUUUUUUGUUUGCUUAUUUUUCAAAACAUUCAUUUAUUGUAAUGUUUACUAGCAGACUAGUAAACAAUAAAGCAUUGAUUAUUUAGCUUUAUAAUUCAGGUUUAGUGCUAUUGUCAUUGAACACUGGUAUUUUCUGUAUCAUAUAAAACAUUAAAAUUCAAAUAAUUAUAAGCAUUUGGCAAAAACGAGAAAAGAAACUUGCCAUAUUUUACAAGCUGCAAUUUUAGAAAAGCUUUAACUUAAUGAUAGUUUUAUCACUGUUUUCUUGUCCCAAACUUAUCCAGGGCCAUACCUGCAUGAAUCUAAUUAAAACAGAAAUGGGAAUUGUUGCACAGAAAUGGGAAAUAGCUAAUUUUAAAUCAGUCUAAUUGGCCUCUUACUAAAUAUAACAAUUCUUAUGAAAAUCAUAGUACCCUAUUUUCAGACACAACUACCAGUUUACACAUUUCUCAGUAUCCUGAAAGGAAAAAAGUAUAGCCCCACUUAUACUAUGUAAAAUUACCAAUAAAAUAUUUUUAUGACUACAGAUUUUGCCUUUUUGUUUAUGACUAUUAAAGUGUUUUAUUUAGUAUUUAGAAUUUCAACCUGGAAACCACACAGUACUUAAAUUCUCCUGGGGUCUCCUGCUUUCUCUUAACCAUUUGCUUAAUAUAUAUCUACCUAUAGGAGACUUUUGAAUUGUAAAUGGACUUAAAAAUAGAAUGUGGAUACAAAAUAUCACAUAAGACAUUAUGAUAACAUUUGAAGAAAAAAUAAAACUGUAGACCCUAACAGUUGUGAUAUUUGGUGGUUUCGUGUGGUAAUGUAAUUUUCUGUUUAAUUACAGUACUUUUUACAGGCACAGUGGUACUGUCUUUUUUGUAAGAUGCUAGUUGUGAAAUACAAUUGCAUACAGUAAAAGUCUGUGAUUAAAACAUUUAUAUACCUCAUUCUUUAGUGUUGUUAAAUGAAAAAUUAAAAUUUGUGUUUGUUAUAAGAUACGUUCAGUGGAAUACCAACUAACCAGAUAUGUUCCUUUAAAACAUGAUAUUUUUGUCUUAUUCUGUUUUUAACAUGUUUCAAAUGUUUUAUAUAUUCAUUUUUGGACAGAGUAAAAAUUUAAAAAUGUUAAUAGGGAAAAUAUUUAAUUUUUAAGUCAAAAACUAUACUUUAAAGGCAUUACAUCUAUGAUCAAAUACUUUCAGAAUGUAUUUUAAAUGAGCUGCAAGAGAGAAAAAUCUGACAGGAGAUGGGAUUUUACCUGAAUGGAGCAUACUCAUAUUUCUACAUAGGUGGGUAGAUACUCAUCUUUCUACAUAGGCAGGAACACAGUGUAGCAUGGAGAUUAAGCAUGCUAACUGACACCUCAUGUUUGAAUCCUGUUGUAGAAUGGAAAUGAGCUUAAAUUACCCAAGCUUACUUUCCAUCUAUAAAACAGGGCUAAUGGUAAUCACAUCUAAUUUAUAGGGUUGUUGGGAGGAUUAAGUCAAUCCAUGUAAAAUUCUUAAUUAUCUGACACAUACUGGUCACUCAGUAAAUGUGAGCUUUUACUAUUGUUAUAGAUAAAAUCCCAUUACAAAAAUACAAAAAUAUUUUUUGUAACAAUUAUUUUCAUGCCCUCUUGGAUGACAUAAAGUAAUAGUGUUUUAUAGAUUUCACUAAAUUUUCAGUAUAAUACCAGAUGUUUUCUCUGGACGCAGAAAGACCAUCUUUCCAUAAUUAAAGAACCUGGUGGGUGUGCACUAUGAGAUUGAAGAAAUGAAUUAAGUCGACUAGUUUGAAAGUGUUUUAUUAAUCACAGGUAUGUCAACCUGCCUUUGUUUCACCCUACCUCAAAUACUCUUCCACACCAGGAAAACAAACGCAAAUUCCAUAAAUAGAACUGAUGUUAAAAUAUGCAGAAAGAUUCAGAACCUAGGUUUAAGGUACAUAUUUUGCUCUGUUUCAUGAACUUACAAGGUGGGUUGAGCACUGGGUUCCUUAAGCCAAAUUCCAUACAAAAAGAACUUGGGUGUUUUCCAGCAUUUAUUACUUUACUUUGCUAUAAGUAAGAGUGAAGAUCCCGGGUGCGAUGGCUCAUGCCAAUAAUCCCAGCACUUUGGGCUGAAGCGGGCAGAUAUUUUGAGCCCAGGGCCAGCCUGGGCAACAUGGUGAAAGCUCAUCUCUAUAAUUAAAUAUAUAUAUAUAUAUUUAUGUGUGUGUGUGUGUGUGUGUAUUUAAAAAGUGAAUAUACUUUGAGGCAGAAGAAUAAUCUUAAAACCUUUUGUAUUAUACAAUAGAAAUAGUUAAAGGUUUUAUUUUUAUUAAAUGCUUUCCUAAAAUGAUAGUGGAUAAUAGACAAAGCGAAACAUUUAAAAAGGAAGAGAAACUUCAGCCUUUCUACGUUGAUAGCAUGUUUAUUAACUUUUAAAGAUCCUUAUAGCCUAAAAGAAUGUAGCCUCUGCAUAUUACAUGCAUUAAUGGUAACUGGUCUAGAAGUUUUUGUUUCCACUGAGGCUUUCCCCACGUGCUUUUUUAAACUUCCUACUAUGGUUUGGAUAUGGUUUGUCCUCACCAAGAUUCAUGCUGAGGCCUGAGUCCCCAAUUUGAUUGUGUUGGUAGGUGGUGCCUUUAAGAGAUGAUUAGGUCAUUGCGAUGGAUUAAGGGCUUUCUCAUGAGGCUCAGUUCUGGAAUGGAUUCACUCUUGCAGGAAUGGAUGAAUUCUCACAAGAGUGGGUUGUUACAAAGUGAGGAUGCUUCUUGUGUUCUGUUCUCUUUGCCCUCCUCAGUUCACCAUCUGCUUUCCACCAUGAGUUGAAGCAGCAUGAGGCCCUCAUCAGAUGGCCUGCCUGAUCUUCGACUCCUUAGCCUUUGCAAUCGUGAGCCAAAAUAAAUCUCUUUUCUUUACAAAUUGCCCAGUCUCAGGUAUUCUGUUACAGCAAAAAAAAAAAGUGGAUUGAGAUACUUUUUUGCUCUGCAACUUACCUCUUUUCCAGAAUCUUUUAAGGACUCGAUGUAGGAACUGAGCUAUUUAGUAAGUCAUUAGUAGACGUUUCCGCACAGUAUUUUGAAAAUUAAAUGAAAACAGAAAAGUGAGUGUGUAUAUAAGAAAAGUAAUAGUAAAAAAGCGCUUUGACUUCUUAGUACUCACCCUCUCCUGUAUAUCUCCAGGCACCUUCAGUUGUCUGGAACAAAGAAUGUAGGAAAAACUGAAGAAGUUCAGAACAGUUACCAAUGACAAAAAUCACUGAUUAGAAUAAAAAGACAAGGUUACGGAAUAUAUGUUGUUACUGAUCAUCUUUCAAAAGCAGAAGGAAAAGAAUGCCCUCCCUGGCUACUGACGGUGAUGAAAAGUAAGCCCCGCUCCUAUCACAGGCAAUGAAGGACAGGGAUGGAAAAAAAAAGUGAAGAAGAAGGGGAAAAAGCAAAAGUUGUGAAAAAAAUUAGAAAAGGGGACACUGGGACUCAGUCUGGAUAAUGGUAGAAUCACUAGGAAGGGAAAGAACAAAUAGAACUUAACAGCACAUCAGUCUCUGGUGACAUUUUAAAAACAUGAUAAAGCAUCUUCAUGAUGUCUCUGUCAUUAGCUAAAGUUUAGCUUGUGUUUAGUAGACUAUUUACUAAGACAGCAGUAUGUGUAAUACAGAAUGAUGUUCAUCAAAACCAGUUCGCUUUAGGAAACUGUCACAGAGAAGUUUUACCUUGAAUUACAAGAUAAUUCAAGACCCACUAAACCUGUGUGUAUUAUUUCCACUCCUCAGGAAUUCCAGUUGGGGAAGUAUCUAUUUCACUGGGUCCUUGCCCCAAAAAGUUCCCCCAGGGGUUUAUUCUUACAACUUUAAGUUUUUUGUUUUUUGUUUUUUAAAUAUUAUUUGGUGUGAUUUACACUAGAUAUAUGUGGCCAUUUAUAAGAACAAAAGAAAAUUAUUAAUUACUUUCCUGAAUGCACAUCCUUACCAGCCCAGAUAAUUUAAAUGUUAAGUAUGUAAUGUGCAGUUGACCCUUGAACAACAUAGGUUUUAACUGCGUGGGUGCACUUACACAUGGAUUUUCUUCCAACUCUGCCACGUUGAAGACAGCAAAAUCAACCAUUCCUCUUUUUCCUCAGCCUACUCAAUAUGAAGACUAUGAGGAUGAAGACCUUUAUGAUGAUCAACUUCCACUUAAUGAAUAGUAAAUAUAUUUUUCCUUCCUAAUGAUUUAACAAUUUCCUUGGUUACUUUAUUGAAGAAUACAGUAUAUAAUACAUAUACAAAAUAUGUGUUAAUCAACUGUUUAUGUUAUCAGUAAGACUUCUGGUCAACAGUAGGCUUUUAGUAGUUAUGUUUUGGGGAGUCAAAAGUUGUAUGCGAGUUUCUGACUGCUUGAGGGUUGGUGUCUCUAACCGCCACAUGUUUAAAGGUCAACUGAAUUAGGCUUUGUGCUUAGCCAGUGCAGAUAUUCCUGUCUUUAUGGAAUGGUCUAAUUCUGGAGCACAUGAAAUGCUGUAAGACUAAAUACUUCAAUGGAAAAAAUCAGGUAGCUAUCUGGAAGGCUUCAGUGCUCUGGGACAUGUUUUACAUUCUUAGUCUCCCCUGUUGGUGGGAGUUAUGGACUGUAAUAGCUCUCUCACUGUUGUAAUACAGCAUUUUGUUGACUUUGGUUUUAUUUACAUCGGUGUUAUUUAAUUCAGUGAACACUUAUUGAGUAUUCGGUGAACACUUAUUGAAUACAUACUCAAUAAGAUGUGGAAUGCACAUCUUAGAGACUGUAAAUUACAGUGCUGUAACUAUAAUAAUAAAAACAUGUAUGAGAUA